UCUGAGCGGAUUCUCCUAAGCGAGCUGUUCUGGUUCUGUUUUGAUGACGAAUCGAAUGUGCUGAUUCGGAACCAGCUCCAAACAGAACCACUCUCUGAUGGACGCUGAGAGCGGAGCGGUUCUGCCUGGAACCGGGCCAGUGGGUCGCCGGCCCGGUUCGAUCGGCUUCAGCGGCCCCAGAGAGCCCCUGCAGGACUGGGUGGUGGACCCCAGCUGUGUGACCUUGGAUGACAGCGAAUCGGAGGAUGUUCUGCAGGCUGUCGACCCCAACGAAGUGUUCGGAACUGGUACCGGGCCCACCGACACGUCGUCUGAGAGUGACAGCGGCAUCUCGGAAGAGACCCCCGUUGCAAUGGUGACAGCAGUAACCACGGCGACCAGCCAGCCAGCCCCUACAGCAGUCUACCAGGUGGUCUAUGACAUCAGCUCUGUGGGCGGAGCCAAACCUGAACCCGGUCAGGAGAACAUCAUCUCCAUCGAGCUGGAUGAAUGGAGUUCCCAGCUGCUGUUUUCGGACUCCUGCAUCUUCAGCGACUUGCACGCGGUCUCGUCUUCAUCAUCAUCCUCUCCAUCUGACGGCGGCCGGAGCUCCGCCCCUCUUUCAGGUAGAGACCAGGUGCCGCUGUUCCCUGACCUGCGGCUGACAGAGGAGGAGCAGAAGCUGCUGACAGAGGAGGGCGUGUCCCUGCCCAGCAACCUUCCACUCACUAAGGCUGAAGAGCGGAUCCUGAAGAAAGUCCGCAGGAAGAUCCGGAACAAGCAAUCGGCUCAGGACAGCCGCAAGAGGAGGAAGGAGUACAUCCAUGGCCUGGAAAGCAGGGCAGCGGCGUGCUCGGCUCAGAACCAGGAGCUGCAGCGAACCGUGGAGCAGCUGGAGAAACACAACGUGUCCCUCCUGGCUCAGCUGCAGCAGCUCCGCUCCCUCAUCAAGCAGACGGCCAGUAAAGGAGCGCAAACCAGCACCUGCUUACUGAUCCUGCUAGUGUCCCUCAGCCUGAUCGUCCUGCCCAGCUUCAGCCCAUUCAGCCGCCGCCCGUCAGCCGACGACGACUACAGAACCGCCGCAGUUGUAUCCAGAAACAUCCUGACGGAUCCAAACUUCUCCAACCCGGCGGACGACGGCGCCGGUUCCGCUGCACGUUCGGACUCAUCGGUGCCUCCUGAGCUCAGCCAAUCAGGGCCUGCAGAGGGGACAGCGGCACUGCCGGAGCCAAUAGGAACCCUGGAGAGCUUAGCGGGCGCUGACACCAGCCAAUCACAGAACGGGACGGCUGCUGUUGCUGUGCAGACUGGACGUGAGCCGGGGAAAACCGGACACGCUGAUGAGAUGUAACCAGAACCUCCAGCAGGGGCCGCCAGACUGACGCUGAGCAGCUGGAGGACUGGUUCUGUUGGAUCAGAACCAGAACACUGAGGUUCUGGAGUGCUACCAUGACCAGAAUCGGGUUUUAAAGUGGAUCCAGCUACCGGACAAGACUUCACCGAGACUGUUCUCUCUGUUGGACCAGACCUGGGACCGGAACCGACCCGUUUUAUGUUCAUCUUGUGGAGAAACGCUGACCUGGGAUGUUUCCGGGUUGGUUUGUGGGUUCUUGUUGUUCAGUAAAUCGUGUGAUGCUGCAAACAGGUUCUGACUCUGCUCCGUUGAGGUAACCAUACCUUAGCACAAAAGAUUCCUCUAUUGUUUCCAGUUUCAACACGUCCAUCUGCUCAGUCUCAUCAGCUACAUGAAAUCUUGACUAAAAAUUAAAUUUCAACAUUUUUCAUCCUGCAGUGUAUAAAAUACAGCUGAACAUUGAAAGAUUUACUUCCUGUUCUCAUUAAUCCGCACAAUGUACCCAAAAUAAGGAAUAACAAUUUUUUUCACCUUGUUUAUGCUAAUAUAUCAUAUCUAGAAGAAUAAGUCAUUCUAAAUAUAUUUCU